GGAGAGGAAAAGCAGACCAAGUGUUAAACGGCAGGCGUAGGUAGGUACAGCACCGGACCAACACUGUGAGGACGGGCCAAACCAGCCUGCAGUCGGAGACAGAGAUUCACACGUUUUGGGGCGAGAGGAGCCGAGCGCAGCACAGGAGUGUUGUGACUGUUUGGGCAACAGGAGCCGGUGGCAUCCAGGAAGAGGGCAGCCAAGCCUGAGGAGAUGCUGUGAGGAAGCCUGCCAAGUGAUGGAGCUCGAAGCAGCCAGCAGGCGGGCGUAUUUAGUCAGAAUGGAGGACCAGGACAGAGUAAGCCAGGCAUCCAGCGUGGCCACUAUUUCCUACUUUCCUGUUAUAAAGGAAAGUGACGGAAAGGUGCAAACAUUUGGGAAGCGAUGUCAUGCCGCCAAGAGAGAUCCCAACUGUCCUGUAGUAAUACGAGGAUGGCUCAACAAAAAGGACAGCUCAGGUUUGAAGCUCUGGAAGAGAAGAUGGUUUGUUCUCUCCAACUACUGCCUGUUUUAUUAUAAAGACAGCAGAGAAGAAUCUGUGCUGGGGAGCAUCCCUUUACCCAGCUACAAAAUCCUCUUCUGCACCCCGCGAGAAUGCAAGAACAGAAAGUUUACCUUCAAGGUGGUGCAUCAGGGGAUGCGCUCUUAUUUCUUCAGCGCUGACACUCAGGAGGAUAUGCUGGGAUGGGUUCGAGCCCUCAGCCAGUCUGCUGCCAUGGAGAUAGACAGCUCCCUCAACAGGCGCUGCUCAAGUUAUCAGGAUUUCACGCAGAUAGGUGGCAGCAGUGAAUCGGUGGACUUCCCGAAAUCCCCCUCCGAUGAGGAGGGUCCCUCUCAGAAACGCAGGCAUGUCAGCAGGACUCUGAGCGAACCGAGUCAGCUCGGCGGAGGGAGGAUGGGGAUGUCUCACUCGGAGCAGAGGGAGAGGCGGGGUGUACGUCACAGAAACAGCAGCCCGUCGCACAGGACGCCCAGCCCCUCUGAUUUCAGCAGGAGAGCCGGCCGUCUGAGCAAGGAGGAGGACGGUCUCCCCGAUCAAAACACGCCACCAGAAAAAGAAGUCACGGGAACAGGUUCUUUGACCUCCAGGGGUCAGCUGGGGUCGCGACCCCAUACGCCGGUGGGAAGGGUCGACAUCCGACCACACGACGACCCACACAUGGUGCCCCAAACGCUUUACUACGCACCUGCCUCGCCUCAGCUGGAGUUCAAAUCUGCUCCGAGUACCCCCGGCGCAGAGCGGUGGCAAGGCGUGAGCAAGCCUAACCCGACAUACGGGUCUGUCCACCAUACAUCAAGUGGCCGAAGACCUCUGGGAAAGAGCUUCUCAACAGGGGCGGCUGCAGACUUACUGCCCCCUUUACCUCCUUCAUCGAGGGCCGCACACGCAACACAACACCACCACCACCACCACCACCAUCACCGCAACCAUUUGUCUGUCUGUGUGCUGCCGUCAGCUAUGGCUUCCAAACCUGAUCCGAGAGACGUUCCACCACUCAGGCCUCUUGAAAGCGAUGCAGAUGCCGUGUUGACGAGGCUGUGUGGGUGCGACAAGCUGCUUCAGUCUCUGUCUGUAGAACUGGCUCAGCUACAAAUGGACAAGGACAGCGUCCAGUGCGCAUUGGAAGUAUCGAGACUUCAGCUGGAGGAGUGGAAGAGUCAGGGGCCCCGGGUCCAAGAAGACGCACUUACCCAGAAGGCUUUGCUACAAGAGGAGCUGGUCACCAUCCGAGCCAGAAUGUGUGACGUGUCACUGGAGAUGGAGCGGGUGUGGAGUCAGUAUGAAAGGAUGGAGAGUGAACUUUCUGUUAUCCGGUCGCACCUUCAGCACAUCUGUAACUUUGGAAUGCCUCAGGAGCAGUCCCAGGCUCAGAGGGAGCUGUGGAUGAUGGAGGACAUCCUGUCCGGACUGAAGGUCAACAGGGAUCACUUUCGCUUCCUUCUGGGGCUUCAGAGGCACCACCCGUUCCAGUCUGCAGCCCCGCAUCCCGGAUCCCCUGGUUCUCCCACAGAGAGGCUGCAGAGCGGACUGCCAGUGGACCUGGAUCAAGAACCGCCGGCUCGUCCACCGUUACCUCAGGAGCUACAGGAAAUCCACCAGACCAGAGACCAGAGUCACAGCUGGAUCGAGUCACCAUAUGAAGGGAUCUACAGUCACGCAGUUGAUCCGGUGCACAGGCGAGGAAGCAGCCAGCCUGACCUCCUUAAUGUGAAAGCACAAAGAGACGCAUCUGAGUCUCAGUCUGGUUCAAAGUGGAUCCCACCAGACGCAGCCAACCAAUCAACCAAGAAGAUGAAGAUGAAGAUGAGUGAAGAGGAACAGAUUGAGAGGAUGAAGAGAAAUCAGGAGAGGUUGACCAAUCGGAAGAAGCCUCCCCUACCUGCUCCAUCUGUCCAAACCCAGAUUCAAAGUUCAGAGACAAGAGAGGAGGCCCCUUUUCCCUUGAGGGUGACACGUGUCGUUACAGCUGUGCUGCCGUCCUCACUCGUGGCCAGACGGGUCUCUGUUGAGGAUCCCCCAGCUGAGCUAGACACUCCACUGCCCGAGCAGAUCCCGCCAGAAAUGCAGCAGAGAAAGGCCGAACAGAGAAACAAACUGUUGAACAAACCGCCCAGACGGCUGCUGUUAGACAGUCCAGAUCAGAGCCUCCCUGCAGCAGAGGUGCACCAGGAUCAGCCCAUGAAAAAGUCAAUCAGACAGCAAGGAGCAGCCAGGGCCUCCAAGAGGGAGCCCAGAUCAGAAGCAUGCAGAGCUGCAGGCACAGACACAUCAGGAGGUCCGAUCCCAGACCAAGAAGCCGCAGCAACAGAAAUUGAAAAUAGAAACGUCAAGGCAGCGGAACAGUCUUCUCCCUUUUUGACCCCUGAUGUGGACCCUGACCUUUGUCUGACCCCUGAGCAGCGAGAGGCCAAGCUCCGAAGAGUGGAACGGAUACGAGAGCGAGUCAUUCAGAGCGCAGCCAGAGAGAGUGCCACAACACACGAUCGACUCCCAAUCAGGGGACAAAAAAAGGAAAUCUCCCGGGUGACCCCUGACACAGCGAGAAAACACCGAAUGCAAACAGGCCAGGAGGCAUCCGACGCUAAUGGCAGCUGUGGGGAAAAUUUCACAAGUUCUGCAGCGCUUCAGAUUUUGAGUCCAGCGUCUCAAGAUGAAGAUGAAAAGCAACAGCAUGUCAGGAAAUCAAAAAGUCCGGCCAGGUCUGGGUACAGAGCACAGCCCGGUGGGAAACAAGGGGUUGCCAAAACUAAAAUGAGACGUCCGGCUUCACCAUACCACAUCUCCUCCAUGACGGUCUAUCAGAAAGAUGGAGGCAAAGGGUUCGUAGGUCAUGAGGAUAAUGAGCAGGCAAGGUUGGAAGAACAUGCGGCUGAAGACGAGGAAAGCAAUCCCGCGUGCUCCGAUCUAAGAGCCAAGUGGUUCCUCUCCACCAACCAGUGGCAGGGGUUCAUACCGCUGCAGAUCCCUGACAUAGAAACACUGUGCAGUGAGGAGACGGGAGACGCAGAUGGCCAGCCGGCUUCCUCUGACGACAUGGCCGACGCGAACGAAAUGUCGUCAGCAGUGAGCGAAAGCUUAGAGAAAAUGAAAGAGAACCACUCCCUCUUCUAUAAGAUUGCAUGUGACAUCAGUAUUUCAGAUUCAGACAUACCCAAGAACGAUGGAAACUCUCAUACAGUGUCGAAGCCAGAAGAGGAGGAAGAAGCGCUGGUGAUCACCGAACCUCCACCAGUUGAAGCCAGCAGCAAUGAAGAGGCAGAAAACCAAGAGAGGCACAAUUCCAGUCAGUCUUUAUCAGAUGAGAAGAAAAAUCAUGAAACGGCAGAUAGAAAAGCACAAUGUCCAAUCAUGGAAAUCCAGGAGGAAGCAGUGAUUUUAGCAGAAACAGAAGCGAAUAAGGCAAGUGGUCCUGAAAAGAUCACUCCACCUGAAUGUGAAGACAGCUUGAAGCCAGAAAGUGAGGUAAAAGUCCGAGAAACUGCUGUUGAAGCUCAAGUUUGGGAUGAAAAUCGUAGUCAGACGCAGGACGGAAGAACAGAAACCAGAGAGGAAAACAGUGAGACAAAAGAGUCAGCAGAUGGGAGGGUAGACCAAGAGACAGCUCCAGAAUUAAAAUCUACUGCACUGAGUGAGGAGACCGAUGAGACUGGCCUCGAACAGGGAGAUAAACUCAUCCCUGUGUCUGAUUCUGCAUAUGAAGCCAGGAAAGUGAUCCGGAGUGCCUCUUUCGCUAAAGCCAGAGUCACAGUGUUGAGGACGAGUUUGUAGAGACAAUAACAGAAACCGCUUAAGGAGAUUAAGAGAACAAACUUAAGAAGGACAAAAACAGUAAGUGUAUUAUUGUUAGAGAAACAAAAUGUCAGAAGUGUAUUAUGGGAACACACAAUAUCAUAGAUGUAGUAUUUUGGUGAACUUGAACAUUUCCAUUAUUAACGAUACAUGUUGGACAACAAUGCAAAUACAGUUCAAAGUCUUAAUAUUUGACCAACACUGGAACUAAAUAUAUUUUAAUUCUUGAACACCAAAUACCCCGGGCAAAGUUGCUGUGAAAUAUAUUCCAUGUAUUUAUGGUUGGCUCAUUCAUUCCUCUUGAGAUGUGCUUCUAACACAACAUUACAUACGGUGACUGCGUUCAUUUGGUGACAUAACCCUGCUGUUCUCACUGUAACUAAAUGUGUUUUGUACCUGAGAUUUCCUGAUUAAUAAACAUGUUGUAUGCUACACGGAGACGCGGACUCC